GUUCCGGCAAGGAUUAUCAUCGUUGCUUAUCUAAAAAACCUUCGUGUCUGAUACACGAACUGCUCGUUUCCCCCCAGAUCAGCCGUGAAAAUCGAAGAUCAAAGCUCGGAAGAGGAAAGCACAACGUCGGAAGAACGUCUGUCGGCGGAAGACGUUGAUCCUGACGAAGUGGUAGGUUGUUGGCAUAAAAUCGUGAGACUAAUAAGCUUGAUGUAAACUUGAUGCUGGGAAAUGUCCCUUUUCAACUUUCUCACGUACGGAAGAUGAAAAGAGAAAAUAGAGAGGUGGAAGAAAAAAUCAUAGAAAAAGAUGGAGCAGGAGAGAAAAGAACAGGAAAGGAACGUAGCGACGAAUGCGAACUAUUUCUGCAAGAUAAUCGCACCCAAUUGCCUCGUCAUUCCGCUAACGACUCGGAGCGAGCGUUUAAUAACGACGAUGAAAGCAUCGCUCACGAGGUACCGCCAGGAAAGUUGUCAUCUGGUCGCGUAAUUUGUGGAAGCUUGGCCGUUUCCCUGCGAGGACGUAAUCGAGCCAAAACCUCAUCGCUAGCCGGAACCCAGAUAAAAGAAUCUCCGAAGUUGGGUAACAACGAUGAAAACUAAGAAGACAGUGAGAAGAUAAGAAGCUUGCAUGCAGAACAUCAGUGUCAAGAUCACGCGUUGAAAAGGUGGAAACCAUCAAGCACAUCGCGCGCAAUGCAGGCGCAAACUCAUGUUUAGACGUCUCUAGUUUCGCUGC